AUUUAUUUAAAUUAAUUUUGAUAUCUUCAAAUUUGCGUCUCCUCAUUCUCCACCGAUAUUCCACUAUCCAUUUCUCUCCUCCUUUCAAUGGAUUUCUUCAAGUCCGUCUUCGCAGACGAACCUACCUCCUCGUCGGAACCCUCUUCCGAUCCCGACGACGAUCCCCAAUACCCACACCAAAGCGACGCCGAUGAUUCCAACGAUACCAACACUGCUUGGAGCUUUGGCGGUCUUAUCAAGACCUUGGCCACCAAAUCUGAGUCCGUGAUCCACAAUUACCGCCGCGAUCUCGAGGAGUUCGGCUCUGAGUUGAAGAAGGAGACCUCCGUGAUCCGUGAAGUGGCCUCACGCGCCGUCAAGGACCUCCCUACUUCGCUCGAAGUCGGCGCCUCUGUCGCUCAGGAGUCGCUCGAGUCGGUUGGCCAAGCCAUCGAUGACAUUGGCACUACUGUCUGGAAAUCUACGGCCGAGAUCAUCACCCACGGUAGGGAUACUCUUUUAGCCGCUGAUGCUGAUGAUGAUGCUGAUGCUGAUGCUGAUGGUGAUCCUGAUUAUGCCUUAGACAAUACUCAACACAGAAGGAGCUUGGAUUCGAAACCUUACAGUAGGUUAGAAGCGCAAGUGCGUUCGAUUCAGAGUAAUAUAGGUACUUACUUGGAGGAACCCGAGGAUUUGGAAAGUUAUGAGGAGUGGAAAUUGGGUUUAUUAUUUGAUGAAAAGAGGGAAGAGAUCGAUAAUUUGAUCAAUGAAAAUGAUGAAAUUGGCGUGAUUUAUCGGACUAUUGUUCCUGAAAAGAUUGAGAGUGAGAUCUUUUGGUUGAGGUACUUUUACAGGGUUCAUAAGUUGAAGGAAAUUGACGAUGCCAGAGUUAAGCUCGUGAAGAGAGCGAUUUCAGGGGAAGAAGAGGAUUUGAGUUGGGACUUUGAUGAUGACGAUGAAGAAGAAGGUGAACAAAAGGGCAAUUCAAGUGUAGAAAUCGCAGAUAAAGGAAAAGACAAGACCAUUAGUAGCACUGCUACUACGACUACUGCUACUGGUACUAGUACAAGUGGCAGUGACAAUGGUGACAACUCAAAGGAGGGUUCGAAAUAUGAUGAGAAAGUAGGAGUAGAACUAGUGUCUGAGAGUAAGACUAGUGAUCAAAGCAGUGAUUCUUGCAAAGACAGUGAUGUUUCAAUUGUGUCAAAACCCGAGGAAGAAGAAGAUAUUGGUUGGGAUGAGAUUGAAGAUAUUAGGAGCAACGAUGAGUUUAAAUCAAUGGACUCGGUUGGUGGGAGCUCGAGUAGAGUUGAUUUGCAUAAGCGGUUGAGUAAUGCUGCUGAGGAAGACGAAGAUCUGAGUUGGGAUGUUGAAGAUGAUGAGGAUGAUGAGCCUUCAAAAUCUUGAUAAGUAUCUCAUCUUUAAGAGGUUGGACCUUUCCCCCAGCAUUAUAUGUUUCGUUUCAUUUACCUGCUUCAUUGAUAAUUCUUUAAUUUGAAUAAAGAAGAUCAUAUAGUUUUUAUUUUUAUUUUUUUUAGAUGAAGAAGAUUCUAGUUUCUUAUGUAAAUAUUUGGCUUUGAUACUCAAAAGCUUUUCUUUUUCUUUCCUUUUUCGGAUUUUUUUUAGUUCUUAUUAAUGAAGAAGAUUAUGCAAUGA